AUGGCUUGUGCUAGUGUGACCGUUCCAGUAGGGGUUCCGCUGUCGAAGAGGAAUAUGAUGAGUCUCUAUGAUCUAGAGUCGCUGAAGGUCAACUGCCGAAAGGCAAAGGAUAGGGGGUACUUUAUAGGGCAACCACCGUCGUCACAAAAGACGUGGAGAAAUCAGUGGUUCUUUGCCUUUGGCAACUGGGAGUGCUGGCUUGGGAAGACUGUCAGCAUACACGUGCCCGCCCAAUUUCAAUCUAUAGGUUCCAUGAAGUGUAGGGCAGUAUCCAGGGAAGAAGAGGAAGAGAUAGAGCUGGAGAGUAGACUAGUCCCUGCAGAGGCAUGUGAGAUAAGGAACAUUGUGACACCAGUGCUUUUUCUGGAGUUGGGGCUGCUUCAAGGAAUGGUUGAGGUACCAAAAACUAUAGUGACGGUGAAGGGUUCACCGAAGGUAGCGGUUGAUCAAGAGGAGAGGCAACGGAAGUUGUGA